AGUUAAGAGUGACUCCCUUAUGAAGUUAUGAGGGAGAUCCCGGGGAGUUCCCAGGGACUGGGCAGGAGCGGAUCCCAAGGAUUGGCCUGAUCCUGAUAUGGGCCGGGAAGACUCGGGGCACCCCACCUUCCCCCUGGGACCCGCCAAGCUUCCCAACCCCAACCCUUCCCGCCACGCAGUGACCCACAGUCGAGGUUGCCAGACAACUGCUGCCUCUGCCUUAAAGACUAGGGCUAAGAAGUGGUGCUUGGCCCCUUACCCGAGACGGGCAGUGGGCGGGGCUUCCCUUCAGACCGCAGCCAAGAGGACAGGAUUCGGGACUCGUAGGAGGCGGGGCAUUACUGUUCUUGGAGGCCCCAUCUGCUCAGGUCAAAGUCCUUUUCUCAACACAAAGGGGCCCCAGUGCUGGCGUCUACUACAUUCGAGGUUGCAAAGUUCGAUGAGCAGCUGCCCCAGUCAAGGCCUCGGAGUACUACAGCACCUCCUUAUGGCCGAGCCGGGGAACGCCACCGUCCUUUUUAUUCCAUACACCCGGCUUCCCCCUCCCCGCCCUUAUGCUGUCCCUUUAAGAGGUUGACUCCACAGAGAAGAAGAGAGGAUUGUACCACCAGCAACGGACUGUGGGGAGAAAAAUCUCAGGCCGACUGACACUAAUAGCUAGCACUUGAACGGAAAUCCUCGUUAGAAGGGGCUUCAGGUCUCAAAUAGAUGGCCACGUUUCUCUGCAGAGGAUCUAGGGGAUCCUCCAACCUGAAACUUAGCACUGGCGACGAGAAAGGCAGACACACCUACCCGCCGGGAACCCAAUCCUGUUCCCCGCCCACCGCGGAGCUGGACUCUUAAAGGGCCAGAGGGCCUGGGGGCAGAGAGGUAGCAGAGGUGCUGAACCGGUGCCGGGCCUGAGCGAAGGGCCGGAGCGGCUAGGCUGGGCCCAGGAUGGCGGCGGCCCUGGCACGGGUCCCGGUGGCGCCCCGUGUGAGUUCCUAAGCUGGUGCCAAGCAGGUGACACUUCCUGUAGCCCCCAGCAUGCUGGCAGGCCUGGGCCCCACCAUCACACUGGCCUUGGUGCUAGCGGUGGCAUGGGCCAUGGAGCUCAAGCCCACAGUGCCACCCAUCUUCACAGGCCGGCCCUUUGUGGUAGCAUGGGAUGUGCCCACACAGGACUGUGCCCCACGACACAAGGUGCCACUGGACCUGAGUGCCUUUGAUGUGGAGGCUUCACCUAAUGAGGGUUUUGUGAACCAGAAUAUCACCAUCUUCUACUACGACCGUCUAGGCCUGUAUCCACGCUUUGAUUCAACUGGGACAUCGGUGCAUGGUGGUGUGCCACAGAAUGUUAACCUCCGGGCACACCUACAGAUGCUGAAGAAACCUGUAGAGCACUAUAUUCGCACCCAGGAGCCUGCAGGGCUGGCAGUCAUUGACUGGGAGGACUGGCGGCCUGUGUGGGUGCGCAAUUGGCAGGACAAGGAUGUAUACCGCCAGUCAUCACGCCAGCUGGUAGCCAGUCGGCACCCUGACUGGCCAUCAGACCGAAUAGUCAAACAGGCACAAUAUGAAUUUGAGUCCAAUGCACGGCAGUUCAUGCUGGAAACACUACGCUAUGUCAAGGCAGUCAGACCUCGACACCUCUGGGGCUUCUACCUCUUUCCUGAUUGCUAUAACCAUGAUUAUGUACAGAACUGGGAGAGCUACACAGGCCGCUGCCCUGAUGUUGAGGUGGCCCGCAAUGACCAGCUGGCCUGGUUGUGGGCUGAGAGCACGGCUCUCUUUCCCUCCGUUUACCUGGACGAGACACUAGCUUCCUCUGCUCAUGGCCGCAACUUUGUCAGUUUCCGUGUUCAGGAAGCCCUUCGUGUAGCUCACACCCAUCAUGCGAACCACGCACUCCCAGUCUACGUCUUCACACGGCCCACCUAUACCCGCAAGCUCACAGGGCUUAGUGAGAUGGACCUUAUCUCUACCAUUGGCGAGAGUGCAGCCCUGGGUGCAGCUGGUGUCAUCCUCUGGGGUGACUCAGUAUACACCUCAAGUAUGGAGACCUGCCAGUACCUCAAGAAUUACCUGACACAGCUGUUGGUCCCCUAUGUAGUCAAUGUGUCUUGGGCUACCCAGUAUUGCAGCCGGGACCAGUGCAAUGGUCAUGGGCGCUGUGUGCGCCGCAACCCCAGCGCCAAUACCUUCUUGCACCUCAGCGCCAGCAGCUUCCGCCUAGUACCUGGCCGAGCACCUGGUGAACCCCAGCUGCGACCUGAGGGGGAGCUUAGCCGGGCGGACCUCAACUACCUGCAGACGCACUUUCGCUGCCAGUGCUACUUAGGCUGGGGUGGUGAGCAAUGCCAGUGGGACCACAGGCGGACAACUGGAGGUGCCAGUGGGGCCUGGACUGGUUCCCAUUUCACCAGUCUGCUGGCUUUAGUAGCUGUGGCCCUCACCUAGACCCUAUAGGAAUCUCCUACCUGGCUACCAAGCCAGCUGGCUUCUGCCACAAGGGCUUUCCUGGGCAUGUGAGAGCCUAUAGGGGGUAGACAAACUAGAGUCUGGAGGAGCAGAGCCCCCAAGAUACCCAGCAGGGCAUCCAUACUAGCUGUCGCACCCCUGUUCUAAGGGGGAGGGAAAGUCCCCUAAGAGGCCCCUUUCUACCUGUCAGAGGGGAAGGAGAAUACAGCUGGGCUGGGGAGGGCCUGACCCUACUCCCCUGCCCCUGGAUAGUUUAUUAUUAUUUUGGGGUCUCUUUUGUAAAUUAAAUAUGAAAUAACUGUU